AUGGCCCCCUCGGGUCCCUCUGGCGCGCAGCUCAGCCCGGCGGAGCCACUGUCGCGCAGUAUCUUCAGGAAGUUCUUGCUGAUGCUCUGCUCGCUACUCACUUCCCUCUACGUCUUCUACUGCCUGGCCGAGCGCUGCCCGCCGGGCUCCGGCCCCGUCGCGGGGGUCCCAGGGCGCGGCGUUCCUGCUGGACCCAAGGAACUGGCGAUGUGGCCCGCGGGGGCGCCAAGGAAGCGCCUCCUGCAGCUGCGGCAGCGGAGGAGGCGCGGGCGGCCAGGGCCAGGAGACAGCAGCGACCCGGACGAGCAGAGCCCUGGGCUGGCCGCCGCUCCAGGCGGCUCCGGGGCGGGGAGCAGCGUGGCAGAGGCCCAACCUGGGACCCUGGCCUUACUCCUGGACGAGGGCAGCAAGCAACUGCCGCAGGCCAUCAUCAUCGGCGUGAAGAAGGGCGGCACGCGGGCGCUGCUGGAGUUUCUGCGCGUGCACCCCGACGUGCGCGCCAUGGGCGCCGAGCCCCACUUUUUCGACCGCAGCUACCACAAGGGCCUCGCCUGGUACCGGGACCUGAUGCCCAGAACCCUUGAGGGACAGAUCACCAUGGAGAAGACGCCCAGCUACUUUGUGACCCGGGAAGCACCCGCACGCAUCUCAGCCAUGUCCAAGGAUACCAAGCUCAUCGUGGUGGUGCGCGACCCGGUGACCAGGGCCAUCUCGGACUACACGCAGACGCUGUCCAAGCGGCCGGACAUCCCCAGCUUCGAGAGCCUGACGUUCCGCAACCGCAGCGCGGGCCUCAUAGACACGUCCUGGAGCGCCAUCCAGAUCGGUCUGUACGCCAAGCACCUGGAGCCCUGGCUGCGCCACUUCCCGCUCGGCCAGAUGCUCUUCGUGAGCGGGGAGCGCCUGGUCAGCGACCCGGCCGGGGAGCUGCGCCGCGUGCAGGAUUUCCUGGGCCUCAAGCGCAUCAUCACCGACAAGCACUUCUACUUCAACCAGACCAAGGGCUUCCCGUGCCUCAAGAAGGCGGAGGGCAGCGGCAAGCCGCACUGCCUGGGCAAGACUAAGGGCCGCGCGCACCCCACCAUCGCGCGCGAGGUGCUGCGGCAGCUGCGUGACUUUUACCGGCCCUUCAACCGCAAAUUUUACCAGAUGACCGGCCGCGACUUCGGCUGGGAUGGAUAGCAGAAAUAAUUUAAAA